AUGGCUUAUCCUUCAAGCCUCAGCGGAGCCCUGAAGGCAAAUGGUAUAUUCAGUUGGUUGAGGCGGCAGCUGUCAUGGAAAAACUUGGCUUUACUGCUUGCUGUGCUGAAUCUCAAGUCUUUACCUCUUGUGUGGCAUGCACGCGUUUUCUUUCACCUCUUAAAGAGAAUCAAUUUCCACCGCCAUAGCCAUCCCAAGCUCGUGGAGAUAUUCCACAAGAAAAAGGGCCAUGUGGGCCACCAUCCCCUCUUUACCCCUGUCACCAUUGUAACUCAUACACCACUCCUCGAAAUGGAUUACAACAUGCAUAAGUCCAACAGCACAUACUUUUCAGACCUUGACAUUGCUCGCACAGCCUUGGUCACAAACCUAGUCACUCCCGGUAUGGAACUCUGCCGACGUGAGCUCGAGAAAGAAGUUGAUAGCAAUGGGAAGAAGAAGUACCCCGGCAGACUGGCCGUUAUGCUCGGAUCCGUCUACUGCAGUUUCAAAAAGGAAAUCGCUCCUUAUGAACGAUAUGACAUGCAAAGUCGACUCUCUGGCUGGGACGAUAAAUGGCUGUAUGUUAUUACCUACUUCCUCCGCCCCACAAAACGCACUGGAGAGAAAAAGACCAUUCUCGCGAUCGGGGUCAGCCAGUAUGUCAUCAAGAAAGGACGCUUGACUGUGAAGCCGGCAAAAGUUUUCCAGGCUGGGGGAUUGAUGCCGGUUCGCCUGGACGGCGCGGACUCGUCGAACGGCACGCCAAGUGGUUCUGGGAUCCCGUUGACAACUGACACUCCCGCGAACGGAGAAGCUAUCAAUUCUGGCGAAGGCCUAGAUGAGAGUCUUGUUCGUGAAGUUAUGACCCUCACAGACAGCACAGACCUGAGCCAAGCUGUCUUGGAAAAUAAGAGGAGAGAUAACGAGAACACCUGGGUUCAGGAGUGGACUUGGGAACGGAUUGAGGAGCAGAGAUUGAAGGGUCUAGAUUUUGUCAAGGCGUUUAUUGGACUUGAUGCGAAGCUUCUCCAGGGAGCAGAGUUGUAG